AUGUUAUUGGAGUCAUUUAGUAAGAAGGUCAAGAGCCUGAAGACUGAUAUAUUCACCAUCACCAACCUUGAAAAUAAAGACUUGGAAGAUGGAAUCGUCGAGAGGAGGAGCAGCAGACAGACAUGUAUGAGUGGGGAGUGUGCAAGUUGGUGUGGUGUUAACCAGGCCAAGUAUACAUGUCCAGCUUGUAGCAUUAAGUCUUGUUCUCUCUCCUGUGUCAAGUCACACAAGAAGUGUCAAGGAUGUACUGGUAUUCGUGACAGAGCUGCCAUGGUGCUCAAGGAGGACACUGAUUACUGCACAGUUUGUUCUCAUAAUUUCAGGCUUCUUGAAGAGAUAGAUAAUAAGCUGGAGGAUAAUUUAAGAAAUCCUUUAAGACGUCAUGUGAUGAGGAGCCUCAAGGAUAAACCCUCCUUGCCCCAUUUCCUCCAUCGCUUGAGAAAUGAAGCUUGGAACCGAGGUACAACAUUGAAGUUUAUGCCUAGUCACUUCACCAGUCGCCGGGAAAACACCACAAGAUACAACUUUAAAGAAGGAAUUAUACGGUGGCACAUAAAAUGGAUAUUCCACCAAGCAGAUUUCACUUACGUUGAUACUAGUGUAGAUGAAAAUACAUCUGUUAUUAAACUUCUUGCUAGAUACUUAGAGCCUUCUAAUGACUUGAGUCCUGAAGAUAAUGAGAAGUUAGCUUAUUAUCAGUCAGCAUCAUAUGGUAAAGUUGCUGUAUUGAUCAAAACUGAUGUGCCUGGUUCGGGGACAACUUUUCAAGAGCUCUUUUUGUCUAAGAGUAUUCGUCUCAACUUGGCAAAUAAGACAAUACUUGAAUAUCCAAUUUUCUAUGCAGUUUUAAGGGAUCACAUACAUGCGUACUUAGAGUACCAGCCUGAAGGCCAUGAUGACCUCUUUAGUGACCCAGAAGUAAAAGAAGCAAGAGAGACACAUAAAGCUGAUGGGUUGAGCUUUUUUGAUGCCAGUAAUGUGGAAGAAGAUUAAAAUUUUGUAACGGAAGUACUGGUAACAUGUAAUUUUUUUAUUUUACUAUUUUCCUAUAAAUUCAGAAUAUAAAUGUAAUGCUAAUUUCUUAUUUCUGUUAAAUCUAUGUACUUU